AUGUCCGGCAAAGCGCCUCUGGUCGCGUUCUGUGAGGAAUACGACGAGGACAAUCACUUGGUCCUGCCCGAAACACGUCAGAGCCAAAAAUACCAGCAGAAGCAGCAAAAGGCUCAUCGCUACAGGCCCUCUCAUCCUCUCGACGGCGCGAGCGACUCUGGCUAUUCUAGUCGCACCGUCACCAGUUCUCAGUCGUUCCCGUCGGGCGCCAACGUCUUCACCGAGCCGCCCAGUCUUCCCACGAUAAAUACCACUAAUAACCCUCCUGCUCCUCCCCCUCCCACCACUACUACCACCACCAAAAGGAAGAAGAGUACCAAGGGUCGCGACAAAAUGCAGGCCAAUCCGUCGUAUCCUCCUCCGGGGCCUUACCAUGGUUCUUCUUCCCACAAUCGGUCGUCCUCCACUUCCCGACCCAAGGAAAAUAACAACACCCACUUCCGUCACUAUCCCGGUACUUGCUGGGAAUGUGAAAAUGGCAUCUAUCAUUCUGCCGGUCCUUCUGGUCCUUCGACUCCUCUCGAAUAUCCGUAUUAUAUGUCGCAGCAGCCACCGGCUUUGCCAGAUUUCCAGCAGCACCAAACUCCUCCACCGCCACCACCGCCUAUGCCUGCUGCGCAGCACCCCUCAUCAUACGCUGCUCUACCACCACCGAUCGCUCCAGAUGUCCAUGUUUCUAGUAGUCGACCUUCCGCCCGUCCGAAUCGCUCCAAUUCAUAUCACGCCAAUGGCCGACCGUUGAGUUUCCACGGAAUGAUGCCCGGGGCAGGGAACGGCACCAGUGGCAGUAAUGGUCCCAGCAACUACUACAACAUGAACCGCUUUGAACAUGGCCCCCCGCUGUCUGCUUCAGCAUACGCGAAUUCGCCUUCCUUUGGUCCUGCCAACUACGGCCCCCAGCCACCAUACUAUUCUCUGGCAGACUACGGUCCUCCGCCCGCUGAGCACGGUCGGGAACGUUCCAUGUCUACCACACGGGAGUACCCGAGGGACCGUCGCUCAUCCGUGUACGGCCCGCCCAUGGUCGACUAUGACCCGCCAACCCCAACCUACGACGAUGGGGAACCCCUCGACCGUCUUGCUUCGCGGGACACUCGUGCUCCGAUGUCCCCACAAUCGCCUGUUUACGAACCUGAUGAGGAUUUCUACCGCAUGCCCCCGCCCCCGAUCAAGAAGACCUCCCCACAGAUUAUCCAGAAACGCCCCGAUCCGCCACGGAAAUCCGUCACUACCACCGCCGUCCCACAUGGCCGUCGGGGAUCGACUUUCGACAUGACUGACAUGGAUGCUGGGCUACCCGGUGACUACACGCCGCCUCGCACGCCACGCUACCGACGCUCUCGGGAGAACCUCAUCCCGGAGCGUAGCCGUAGCUUGCGGUCCACCCGCAACUAUCGGGACUCCUCUGCUCGUCCGUCUCGCAUGGCUGUCGAGGGUGCUCGACGUCGUCGGGAGGUCGUAUAUGACUAUGACUCUGAGUUUGACGAUAUCGAGGCGGACGAAGCUGCUAGCGACCUCGUGGACAAGCAACGCGAAGCCGAAGAAUACCAAGCAUCCAAGUCCAAGGGCCACAAAGCCGUAUCCGUUCCUCUGACGGAAGACGCCUUGUACAAAACCAAGGCAUCCCGGGCAGAGAGCGACAGCGGAAGCCAGAAGAGCCGUUCGAACAGCAGCCGUGCCAGCGAUGCCCGCACGCACAGCGGAAGCAACGCAGGCACUAACAACGUCAACACCAUCAAAGAGGAUGAAGACAAGAACCUUGUCAUGACCAUGAAUGGUGUCACCAUGAGCUUCACCCAGGAGUCCAUGAACAGCAAGAAGAUCAAUCUGCGGACCAACAACACUGGUGCUCUUGAACUCAGCGUCGAGGGCAAGCGGCCCAAGAAGUACCUGACCUCGGGAGGGUCUGACUACACCGGAGCCGUUGCUCGGCGGGAGAUUGAGCCCCCUGCCCCUGUCCCUCGACAGAUUCGUGAUAGACCUGAUAGACCCCGAUCCGAACGGCACCAUAGCCGACGCUCUAGUCGGUCUACCUACGGUAGUGGGCGGUUCUUGGCUUAG